GGACUCGGCUUGCCAUCACCAGGACACCCGCGAGAGGGGCAUGUUGGUCGGGAACUGGAGCGGGAGCUUGGCGUGGAGGAAGACAUACCUGAAGAUGUGGAGAGUGAGCAGGAGGCAGAAACGUCUGAGGAUGCGGAUGUGAGCAGGGAUGAGAGCGGGCGGACAGAGCUGGUGCAGGAAGAAUCACUGCCUUCUGAGGACCAGGGAGUAACAACGCCAAAGAACGAAGAACAACUCGAACAUAUUGGCGCUCUAGCCCAUGUUGCCGAUGUAGCUGGCCAACUAGCUGAAGAAGAGGAAGCCGUGGAAGAGGAUAUUGAGCAUGACGAAGCGGUAGACGCCGCUCGUGCUGCUGCUGCCGCCGCUGCGGCAGAGGCAGAGAAGGCCGAGGCGAGGGAUACCAUGUCGUCACCUCAACUCGGACAACCUACUAAGCGCCGACGUGGUUGGUCGCUAUGCGGGAGGUCGCUGUCCAUGCCAACGUUCCUUCCAUCCGAGAAGAGUCUGAGCCCAGAGCCGGAUCAUCGCCGGCAAAGGCUUUUCAAGGUGAGAGAGCAUCGGAGAAACAUGAAACUGAGUCGAACGAUGAGUUUUGCGAGCUCGUUCUCUAUGGACUCGCCGAGGAAGAAGCAGGGAACGUCCUGGCUAUGGAAAUUGUGGCUGGCCAUAUUUCCUCCAGAAAGCCAGGACACAGGGUUCAUCCCGAACUAUCGGUACACACCUAUUCUCUCUGGUAUCGUGGUGCCUUUUGCAAUCUUAUUGGAGGUCCCUGGCUUGACGGAACAUUGGUACAUUCGAACAGACAAUAACAUAACAGUAGAUUAUCAGCCGAAUCCAACCAUCCUUGACGUUGGCUUGGGUAUCUCCAUGGCUGCCGGCGUCAUCGCCAACCUUGCUCUUUUCGCCCGAUUUCUGGAACGACGUGUGCUGGUAAGCACAAUCGUGGCGACGGUCGCGCUGGCAGUACACGAUGUCAUCAACAUUGCCAUUGUGACUAUUUUUGGUGUCAUACACCGGUUCAACGACGGAUUCACGUACGGCGAGGCGUUUUGGAUCACGGUCUGCUCUACGAUUGCAAGUACGUUUGUGAACAUCACGUUGAUUUACGAUUUGGUCAAAACCAAGGACUUUGCCCGCUCUGGAAGCGGGCUGACUGCCAAGCAACGCAGCCUCGUGGUGGUGGUGAUGCUUCUGAUCUGUUAUAUUGCCGUGGGAGCAUUGAUCAACGCGUUCGCCAAUGGACUCUCCUUCCUCGACGCGUUAUACUUCACCAUUGUAUCAAUUGAGACAAUUGGGUUUGGUGACAUCGUUCCCAUAACCGUAUUCUCCAAGAUCUUCAUUGGGUUCUAUGUCACAAUCGGCAUUCUCAACCUUGCGUUGGCGGUAAGCACAACGCGAGAGACAAUCAUCGAAGCAUUUGAGAAUGCAUACCGGAUCCGUCGAGCGAAGAUCCACCAGCGUCGAAGGGAGCACCGGCAAGCACGGAAGCUUAGACAACAGGAAGAAGACAGACUUCGUGAGCUGGGCUUGUUACCGAGAUAUGUCAAUGUUCGCACUGGAAGGAGAGGUGCGGCCACGAAGGUCGUACCGAUGCUCCCUGAUGGGACUAUUGUGCAAUCUCCUAUUAGCGAAAGACCGAUGUCACCAGACGGAUUUGGUCAUCCGCUGAUGUCGUCCACGUCGAAUCACUUCUCUCAUGGCAACGCACCCCCGGCCUUUCCUUUAACAGCAUCCACUCUUGUCCCGCCCUACACGGCGAAUGACCUUCACUCCGCAGGGCUUCCUAGCGUCGCGGAGUCUUCUACUAUCGUUGCAAGUGGACCGCCUACGGCGGACGGCAUAUCCAAAGAAGACGCGUUUGUCACACCCCAGGAUGAGGUGAAGAAGAUCGCCGCAGAACUGCGAGGUGAUAUGUUUCACCUUGAUUUGGCAGCACAUUCGGAGGAAGAAAGCUACCUCGAGUUCAAGAAGCGGAUGGAGAAGGAAGAGACCCGGGAGUUCUACACCAAGCUCGCGUGGGCGCUGUCCCUCUUCUUCGUCUUCUGGUUGGGAGGAGCAGCGAUUUUCAGCAAAACUGAAGCGUGGACAUUCGCAACCGGGAUGUACUUCUGCUUCAUCACUUUCACCACCCUAGGGUACGGCGAUGAUUCCCCAUCGAGUCCUGCUGGUCGGGCCAUCUUCUGUGUCUGGGCUUUGGCGGGCGUCGGUGCAAUGACCAUCCUCAUUUCGGUGAUUUCGGAAGCAUACAGUUCUCGAUACAAGACUGUUGUUGUGCGCCACGGCAUGCUCGAUCGCGCCGUGAAGCACAUGCACGAUAAGCAAGCGCGUGAGGAGGCUAACCUCCGCAAUCACUCUCACGACAACGCGAAAACGCCCUCGCCGCGUGUCUCGUUCGAUGCGGAUACACCAUUGGCAGUCCGGUAUGACAGCGUCUCUAAGGCCAUCGACAAGUCGCAGAAGGAGCUGGAGGCGUUGCCGGCCGAGCUGCUCAGACAGGCGAAGACUCUUCACGACCAUUUGAACUUUUUGAGCAAACCCCCCCAUGGCGUAGCCAUGCCCCCAACUAUGCAGAAGCUGGUCGAUGAUGUUGUGCAAUCGGAACAUCUGGACGUGAGGAUGAAGCGUACACUGAUGGAGGACGAGGAAGCGAGAAGGACACUGUUCAUGAUGAGUUACGAGAAGAGUCUGAACGAUCUGAUCCACUCGGCCGAGAAAGCCGUAGAGCUUCUAGCUAAGCGCGAACAGAAACAUCAAGCGCUUGACCGGCUCCACCGGCUCACGCUCGAACGGACAAUGACGACCGGAUUCAGCGUACCAGACGGGGCUGCGCCAGAGCUCUACCCUCCGACAGGGUCUCGACAUGUUCAGCCAACGGAAAUCUCGGCGCCGAUGGAGCCGAGGCUGUAUGACGCAGCGAGUGAAAGCAUGCGACAGCGAGAAGGGAGGCAGGAAGUAAGGCGGCAGAGACCGAAAGUGAGGAUCGACAUCAGUGGACUGAGAAGGUUGUCGUGAAAGUCUCAUUAUAACGCUUGAAGGAGAUUUCAGUUUGUACGUCACGGACAUGGAUGAGAUGGGGCAGGACCUCAUGCUUGGUUACCGUUUCACAUUUCCCGCUUUUACUCUUUC